AUCCACGUUUUUGUUUUCAGCAACUUUCUGAGGAAAAAAUAUUUUACACCGCCUUACCCUGCCACAUACACACAUCAUCUCAGCAUAUACCACUCCCCCUGUAUAUGAACAUUAUUAAAAUCUCCCGUGCAUGAGCUUCAAUUACGAUUUAAUGGAGCAAAACUCGGAUCUCGACAACUCACUGAGGCGAAGAACCAGCGCGACGACCGAGUCGCCGUCGAAUGACGCCGUAAUUGACCGGAAUCUGGCCGGAGCGCCGGCGAAUUCCACCGCGGAAACGAGUAAAGGAGACGACAAUAAAGGAGCAGUGAAAUUCACGUUGCGAGCUUCGUCGCCGGCUCAUCGGAGAAUUAAGGAAAGUCCUCUUAGCUCCGACGCUAUUUUCAAGCAGAGCCAUGCAGGUCUCCUCAAUCUCUGUAUAGUAGUGCUUGUUGCUGUGAACAGCAGGCUCAUCAUCGAAAAUCUGAUGAAGUAUGGCAUCUUGAUUAGUUCAGGUUUCUGGUUUAGCUCUAGAUCAUUGAGGGAUUGGCCCCUUUUGAUGUGUUGUCUCAGCUUAGGGAUAUUACCACCUGCUGCAUUUGUCGUUGAAAAAUUAGUGCGCCAAAAAUUUAUCUCAGAGAAGGUAGCUGUUUCUCUUCACAUAGCAAUAACCACCAUCACACUUUUGUAUCCAGCAUUUGUGAUUCUCAGGACUGAUUCUGCUGUUCAAUCAGGAGUCAGUUUGAUGUUCGUUGCUUGUGUUGUGUGGUUAAAGUUGGUGUCUUAUGCACAUACAAAUUAUGAUAUGAGAGCAAUUGCAAACUCUGCUGAAAAGGAUGAAACAUUGUAUAUGGACUACUCGGACAACGUUAGCUUUAAGAGUUUGGUAUAUUUCAUGGCUGCUCCCACAUUAUGUUAUCAGACAAGCUAUCCUCGCUCUGCAAGUGUUCGAAAGAGUUGGGUCCUACGCCAGCUUAUUAAAUUGAUAGUAUUUACCGGACUCAUGGGUUUCAUUAUAGAACAAUAUAUUAAUCCUAUUGUGCAAAAUUCUAAACAUCCCUUGAAAGUGGACUUCUUAUAUGGCAUGGAGCGGAUUUUAAAGCUUUCUGUUCCCACUUUGUAUGUCUGGCUCUGCAUGUUCUACUGCUUUUUCCACCUAUGGUUAAAUAUUCUUGCUGAGAUUCUUCGUUUUGGCGAUCGCGAGUUCUACAAAGAUUGGUGGAAUGCAAAAUCUGUGGAUGAGUACUGGAGAAUGUGGAAUAUGCCUGUUCAUAAAUGGAUGGUCCGUCAUGUGUACUUUCCAUGUCUGAGGAAUGGCAUACCAAAGGGAGUUGCUUUUCUAAUUGUUUUCUUCAUCUCUGCUGUUUUCCAUGAGUUAUGCAUUGCUGUUCCGUUCCACUUAUUCAAGUUUUGGGGUUUUAUGGGAAUGAUGUUACAGGUUCCACUGGUCUUGUUAACAAAGUACUUGCAAGAUAAGUACACAAAUUCAAUGGUGGGCAAUAUGUUGUUUUGGUGUUUUUUCAGCAUAGUGGGUCAACCAAUGUGCAUACUGCUUUACUACCAUGACCUGAUGAAUCGGAUCAAUGCAAGUUGAGUUCAUCCUAGAUAACAGAAAAGUCAAGUGCAAAAUUUAGGUUGUCUCAAUCAGAGUGACCGUGUCUCUGCUCCAGUGAGCACUCGUGCUAGAAAUUUCUAUCCAGCACAUGCAUUUUCCUGACAAUCUGAAACUUUAACGCAGUGAAACUGUACACAAAAUCGUCACAAAGCUUUGACGCGGUUUAACUGACAAGCAUCACUCUUAAACCAUUAACUUCUGGUGCUAGCUUUUCCAUGUACAUACUUUUUGAGGCCUAGGCCAUGUUCAUUGUGAUAUAUAUUGUUCCAGUGUAUAGAUUUUGUUGGCAAGUAGAAAGAAAAAAGAUGAACGAACGAGACGCUAAAGCUCAUGUGCAUGAAUGAGGACGUUUAGCGCAUUGUAUAUCUAAAAUGUGGAGAAACACCCAUGUGGUUUAUCUAGAAAUUUUUCCAUCUUCGAUAA